GCCGCACUUGAUCCAACCUCGUUCUCAUCUUCCAUCUCUUGUAUUCGCUCUAAACACACCUCUUCUCAACGCCAUGCCCUACUUUGAGAGUGGCCUCUUUCCAAACUCAUGGGUCAUCUUCGCCAUCUUUGGGGGCAUCGUCUCCAUCCCACUGGGUUGCAUGGCCCUCUACGCACGCCAAGUGGAAAAGAGACCCUGGAAGCACAAAACGGCCACAGUGCUCGUCCUCGGCGACAUCGGUCGCUCCCCACGCAUGAUGUACCAUGCUGAGAGCUUAGCCAAGGCCGGCUGGGACACGUACAUGGUCGGCUACGGAGACACGGCGCCCAUUCCCUCACUUCUCGAGACACCACGGGUGCACUUCCUGCAUCUCUGGAACCCACCUAGGCUCAUCAUGAAGCUGCCAUGGAUUGUUCGCGCCCCCAUUCGAAUCCUCUACCAGAUUGCGUCGGUCGUGUACCUCUGCGUCUUUGCCAUCCCGUGCAAUACUCAGAUCUUCCUCGUGCAGAACCCUCCGUCCAUCCCUACGCUCCUCCUGUCUCAGAUCAUCUCCGAAACGACUCGCUCAAAACUCAUCAUUGACUGGCACAACACCGGAUACUCUAUUCUAGCACUCCGUCUUGGGGCAAAGUCCCGCAUCGUCAAGUGGGCCGAAAGCUUCGAGCGAAAGUUCGGCAAGCGCGCGUACUGCCACCUGUUCGUCACUCGCGCCCUUGAAGAGUACCUCACUCGGGAAUGGCAUCUCGAAGGGCGCACUGCGGUGCUACAUGACCGCCCACCGUCUCAGUUCCGCCGCACAGAGGUGAUCACCCUGCUGAAUCUGUUCCGUCGUCUCACGCCGGUGAUCGCUCCACCGCUGCCCGCCUGGCUCGAAAGCAAGAACAUCCGCGACACCGCAUUCACCGUGCUUACGCCAUCGGGCGUCAAGCUGCGCGAGGAUAGGCCAGUGUUCUUGGUCUCGUCAACUUCAUGGACUGCUGACGAGGACUUUGGGUUGCUCCUUGAGGCACUCGACAAAUAUCAGGAGCGCAAGUCGUCACCCGAGGGCAAGAGCUUGCCCAGAGUGUUGAUGAUUAUCACUGGGCGAGGGGCUCUGCGGAAGCCCUUCGUUGAGCAGGUAGCGGUAAGAGAGAACUCUGGCAAGUGGCCGGACGUCGCGGUGCGGUGCAUGUUCGUCAGCGCGCGUGAUUACCCACUGCUUUUGGGAUGUGGUGACUUGGGCAUUUCGAUGCACCAGUCGUCAUCCGGGCGUGACCUGCCGAUGAAGGUCGUGGACAUGUUCGGAUGCGGAGUGCCCGUUCUCGCACGCGGAUUCUCGUGCAUCGACGAGCUUGUAAAGGACGGCGUCAAUGGCCGGGUAUUCAACACGAGCGAGCAGCUCGCGGAUCAGCUCAUUGACGUACUCGCCGGCUUCCCCCACGCGCCGAAGCUGGAGGCUUUGGACCAAUACUUCCACCAGCAAACGGGCGCUUCUACGCCUAUGCGCCGGGUCACCCGACCCGGUGUUGAGCAGGAGUGGUCGACGUGGGACGAGAACUGGGACGCGGUCAUGCGCCGGGGUGUGCUCGACUUCAAGCGCUGGUAGGAUGCGGCAUAGAGACAUCGUGUAGGC